CCCAUUUCAUUUCAUUUCAUUUCAAUUUCUAGACGUUACUCUCUCUCUAACACUUUCUCUCUCUACUUUCUCUCGCUUUCUCGCUCUUUCUCGGUAGUAUCGAUUCGGGCGAGGUUAUCAACGCCACCUUUCGCUGUCCCUCUUUCUCUCUCUAUCUCUGUGAAUGGAGAUGAACGCCAUUUGCUUCCGAUUUUCGUCGCGAUUUUCCCGCUCUCUUCUUCGUGUUGCGUUCCAGGUCUCGUUCUCCUUAGAUCGGUGAAUGCCUUUUUCGGUUUGUUUCGAUCUAGAUCUGUGGACUUCUAACGCUUCAGAUUCUUCUGAUUGCUGGAUCUAAUUUUUGAAUGGGGCUAUGCUUUUUUUGUGCUUGAGCUCCAGCUGAUCAAAGCAUGUGCAGUGGUCCGGAGCAAUCAAAAACCAAGUCAUCUUCAUCUCCAUCUUCUACAGAAAGCAAAACUAACACCAUAGAUAUGAAUCAUCUAACUGUUGAAACUGAAGAUUCUUUUUCCAGUUUACAUGAGCUUGCUGCCAACAAUGAUGUUGAUGGCUUUAAGCGAUCUUUAGAGCGCGAUGCUUCUGCAAUCAACGAGGUUGGCCUCUGGUAUGGCCGGCAGAAGGGGUCAAAACAAAUGGUUCUCAAGCAUAGAACUCCGAUGAUGGUGGCUGCUACCUAUGGUAGUGUUGAGGUUCUGAAGCUGAUACUAUCACGAUCUGAUGCUGAUGUGAAUAUCUCAUGUGGACCAGACAAAAGCACUGCUCUUCAUUGUGCUGCAUCUGGUGGAUCUGUUAAUGCUGUGGAUGUUGUUAAGCUGCUUUUGUCAGCGGGUGCCGAUCCAAAUUCUAUGGAUGCAAAUGGCCAUUUUCCAGUUGACGUAAUUGUUGUCCCUCCAAAGCUUCCGAGCAUGAGAGUUGCCCUCGAAGAACUCCUUGUGAACAGUGCUUCUGAUGGCUCUGUUGGUGAGCGCAAUUUGCGGAUCUCCAUCACUAGUUCGAAUUCCAACUCCAACUCACCGCCUCUCUCUUCAUCGCCUGAAAAUGGGUCUCCCUUCGCUUCAGAUUCUGUGUCAUCACCAAUGGCUUUAUCAAAGUUUAGUGACCAACCUGUGACAUUGGCUUCAGAGAAGAAAGAAUACCCAAUUGAUCCAUCUCUUCCGGAUAUCAAGAACAGCAUUUAUGCAACAGAUGAGUUCCGAAUGUUUUCUUUCAAGGUCCGCCCUUGUUCCCGUGCUUAUUCCCAUGAUUGGACUGAGUGCCCCUUUGUUCACCCUGGGGAAAAUGCUCGAAGGAGAGACCCUCGGAAGUUCCACUACAGCUGUGUGCCUUGCCCUGAUUUCCGAAAGGGGGCUUGUAGACGAGGAGAUUUAUGUGAAUAUGCCCAUGGAGUUUUUGAGUGCUGGCUCCACCCUGCACAGUACCGAACUCGGCUCUGCAAGGAUGGCACGAACUGUGCAAGACGGGUCUGCUUUUUUGCACACACAUCCGAGGAGCUUCGGCCCUUGUACUUAUCGACUGGUUCUGCCGUCCCUUCUCCUCGUGCAUCUGGACCUGCUAAUGCAAUGGAUAUGGCAGCUGCUUUGAGCCUUUUACCUGGCUCUCCAUCAUCAGUCUCUGUCAUGUCUCCUUCUCCAUUCGCACAGCCCAUGUCUCCAUCAGCGAAUGGCAUUUCACACUCAUCUGGAGCUUGGCCUCAGCCUAAUGUUCCUACCCUUAACCUUCCUGGAAGCAACUUUCAGUCCAGUCGCCUGAGGUCAUCCCUUAAUGCUAGAGAUAUUCCACCUGAGGAUUUCAACAUGUUGCUGGAUUUUGAUGCUCAGCAGCAGCUUCUCAAUGACUUGAGCUGUUUCUCACAGCCAAGGACCAAUGCUGCUUCCUUGAGCCGUUCUGCUCGUUCUAAAACACUGACUCCUUCAAACCUCGAAGAGCUAUUUUCUGCUGAGAUCUCGUCAUCUCCCCGUUACUCUGACUCUUCUGCAGUUUUCUCCCCAUCACACAAGUCAGCUAUUCUCAAUCAAUUCCAACAGCAGCAACAGAGUAUGCUGUCACCUAUAAAUACAAAUGUAUUCUCUCCUAAAAAUGUUGAGCACCCAUUGUUGCAGGCUUCUUUUGGUAUCUCAUCUCCUGGGAGAAUGUCACCUAGAAGCAUGGAGCCCAUCUCCCCAAUGGGCCCAAGGCUUUCUGCGAUUGCUCAGCGUGAGAAGCAGCACCAGCAGCUGCGGAGCCUUAGCUCCCGUGACCUUGGAUCCAACAACCCUGCCUCUGUUGUUGGGUCCCCUGUGAAUUCUUGGUCGAAGUGGGGUUCCCCAACUGGGAAAUUAGAUUGGUCAGUUAAUGGGGAUGAAAUGGGUCGCCUGAAAAGGUCAUCGUCAUUCGAGCUUGGAAACAAUGGUGAGGAGCCGGACCUGUCAUGGGUCCAUUCUUUAGUCAAGGAAUCUCCACCUGAGAUGAUGAAAGAGAAGUUUGCAGCCCCGGUGUCUGCUUCUGCAUCGUCCGGUGAGGGUUUGAAUUCUAACUCUCAAAUUGAAUCCAAUUCUAAUUCUCAAAUUGAUUCUGUUGAUCAUUCCGUUAUUGGAGCUUGGCUCGAGCAGAUGCAGCUUGAUCAGCUUGUAGUCUAGUGAAAAGGCAUUCAUUUUUAUGCAUUGGGAUAGAAACAACC